AUGCUCGCCGCAUUAUAUGACCAGUGUUCAUCCGCUCCAUCAACCGCACACCGCGAACACUACGAACGGGUAUUUGAUCCUUUAAAUCAACGAGCAACCUUCUCUUCAAGUUCUCAGGGUGGGUUGGAGGUACCAUUUGAAUCUCGGGCAUCUCCAGCUGAUUUGGUGUAUGAUCAUAUAUCUGCUCAUGAGUCGUAUGCUCGGCAAAACCGAGGAGCUCUAGAGUGUCACCCACGGUGCUUUUUCACGACUGUAGAUGAUAAAUCUGGGCUAGGUUCAAAUGCAGCGAAGGAGGGGGACCGUGUGGUUGUGUUGUUUGGAGGAACGAUACCUUAUGAUGUACGGUUCGUUCAAGAUUUCGAGGCUCUAAAUGUAUUAGAAUAUGGUGUUAGCGAGGUUAGUACGAGUAAUGCUCGUAGAAGACGGGUAGAGUUUGUUGGGGAGUGUUUCGUUGAUGGCUAUAUGAAUGGGGAAGCGAUACAGGAAAAGCAAGAUGAGGUUGUGGAGUUUGAGUUGGUGUAA